AUGGUAGUCAAGGCUCUCGAGUUCUACUCGGGGAUAGGCGGGCUCCAUCGCGCCCUCGCGCAGAGCGCGGCGCGAGGCAAUGUCGUGCGCGCGUACGACUGGGACCAGGCCGCCUGCCGUGUGUACGCUGCGAACUACGGGCCCAAGGCCGUGCAAAAGGUCGACAUCUCGUCGCUCGAGGCUACGGACCUUGCUGAGCUGGACGCGGACCUAUGGCUGCUUUCGCCUAGCUGUCAGCCUUACACGGUGCUGAACCCGUUGGCGAAGGGUGCCGAGGAUCCGCGCGCGAAGUCGUUUAUUCGGCUCAUGGAGAGCGUUCUUCCCGAGCUUGUUCGACUGCGGAAGCAUCCGCAAAAAUUGCUCGUCGAGAACGUCGCUGGAUUUGAGUCGUCCAGCACCCGCGAACGGCUGGUUGCAAACUUGCGUACUCUGGGUUAUACCACCCUGGAGCUACUCUUGACGCCUUUGCAAUUCGGGAUUCCCAACUCCCGUCUCCGGUAUUAUCUCCUUGCGAAGUUCAGCCCUUCAGAAUUUGUGGGAGCGAGUGAACAAGAAGACCGGGUCUGGCGACAUAUACCGGGCCGCGGAACCGACUGGGUCGAUACGAGAACGCUCUCCGGUGAGGAAGCACCUGGUGCUGUCACGGAGGUCCGAAAUUAUCUCGACGAAGAGUCCUCCGUCGAGCCGCAUCCGCAUGCCAUCCCAGAGAAGGUGCUGGAGAAAUGGGGUCGGCUCUUCGACAUCGUCCUGCCUUCUGCCAGGCGGACAUGCUGCUUCACUCGUGGGUACACCAAACUAGUAGAGCGCGCCGGGUCUGUCUUACAGAUGAAUGAGGACCUCGACACCACCCGCACUUUCGACACGUUCCUUGAUGCACAACGCGCAGGAGAUGAUAACGCGGUCCGGCUACUACGUCCGCUCCGUCUGCGGUAUCUUUCUCCCACUGAAUUGCUCCGCCUGUUCGAGUUUCUGCCUCCUCCGUCCACUGACUCGGCGUCCUUCUUUGCUUGGCCUGACCAGAUCACCACGAAAACGAAGUACAAGUUGUUAGGGAAUAGCGUGAAUGUACGGGUUGUUACCCAGCUAAUAAACUACCUGUUCGAAUAA